AUGAACGACAGCGUGUCGAUAUUAGUAGCCGUUGUCCUCAUCUUGGUAGCUCUUCGGUGGAUGUUGGGUGGCUCUCAACAAUUACCAGAACAACAAGGCAAUGCUCGACGCGGUUCACCACGACGACCUCAACAUCGGGCAACGCCCCAGAUGAUUGAAAUGGUGCGCAACGUCUUCCCCAAUAUCCCCACUGCUGCCAUUGUCGCCGAUCUGCAACGCACUGGCAACGUAGAACGCACUAUAGAUAAUGCACUUCGCGACGGCGGCUUACCACUUCCUCCUCCUCCUACACCUCCUCCUACGACCAACAACAACAGCAAUGAAGCCAGCUCAAGUUCAUCCAAUGCUCAAAGCAGCUCCCACUUUUCGAAUUUGGUGCAGCGUUAUCAUCUUGAGAAAGCUGAUGGAAGCCAGGAGCUUGCUGAACCGGAAAAGGUAUGGGGAACCACUGCGGAUAAGCGACAAGAGGUAUUACGAAAGAGGAAAGAGUUCAUGGUGCUUCAAGCAAGAAGGAAAAUGAUGGAAAAGCAGAAGGAAAAAGAACAACAAAAGACAUCUUCACCGACUACUACUAUGGCUACGGCUACAGAGGAGGAGGAGGAGGAGAAAUCAGAGAAUCCAACCUAUGAUGAGAUGUCGGUGGAACAAUUGAAUGCCUUGUCUCCAGAAGAACGUCGUCAACAAUUACUCGAUGCUUUGGAACGAAGAAAUGUCAAUUCAUAG